UUCAGUAUUUCCACCAUUUUUUCAGAGUCUGUGAAAAGAACAUUUGUUAAUUUUAGUUUAAAUAAUAUGGCUUCUUGAUAUUUGCUUCACAAUUAUUCCUGAAUUGAUGUCACUAACAUCAUUUAUAAGAGAUGCCGUUCCCACUCUUCAAGAAAAAGAAAAGCAUCAACAUCAGAGUAUCCACUUUGGAUGCGGAUUUAGAAUUUACGGUCUCAAAUCAAGUGAAAGCUCAAGUUGUAUUUGAUUUGAUAUGUCGGACAAUCGGUCUGAGAGAAACUUGGUAUUUUGGUCUCGCAUUUCAUGAUGUCAAGAAGAGGUUUACAUGGAUAAAACUUGACAAAAAGCUUCUGAAUCAUGCAAUUCCAAAACCAGUGAACGGCGACAAACUUGAGUUGAAGUUUCUCGCGAAGUUUUAUCCUGAGUCAAUGGAAGAUGAACUUAUACAAGAGGUCACGAGACACCUGUUCUUUCUGCAGAUUCAGCAUUUAAUAUUGUCUGAAGAUCUUUACUGCCCUCCAGAGGCAUCCGUACUGCUUGCCUCGUUCGCUGUUCAAGCAAAGUAUGGUGAUUAUGAUCCUGAAAUCCAUGCGCCAGGGUUCGUUGAGAUUCAGGAAUUAUUACCAAAACGUGUCAUUGACCAAUUUCAAAUGUCUAAGACGAUGUGGGAGGAGAAAAUAACUUCAUGGUACACGGAACAUAGAGGUUUGACACGAGAUGAAGCUGAACUGGAAUAUUUGAAAAUAGCUCAGGAUCUUGAGAUGUGUGGGGUUUCAUAUUUCAGUAUAAAGAAUCGCAAAGGAACAUCACUAUGGCUUGGAAUAAAUGCUGUAUCCGUAUCAGUAUACGAAAAAGAAAACCAACUGCACCCCAUCGUAUCGUUUCAAUGGAGCGAGUUAUCGGACAUGUUAUUUAACGAUAAUAAGUUCACAAUAAAACAGAAUCCAUCUUCUCGUUCCGCAACGCUUCGUCGAACGCAGUCUACCAGUGCGGAAGAGUCAUCACCCGCUGAUAUGAUCGAUAUGAACAAAAAUGAUUUCAUUUUUUUCACUGAUGAACCGGGGAUAAAUAAAUUGAUCUUAGAACUCUGCAGAGGAAACCAUGAUCUUUUCAUGCAGAGACGUAAAGUUGACAGCAUGGAGAUUCAACAGAUGAAGAGCCAGGCACAAGAAGAAAAAGCAAGAAAACAGAUGGAAAGAGCGAGACUUCUCAGGGAAAAAGAUGAACGGGAGAAAAUACUCAUGGAAAAGGAAGAAUUGGAAAGAAAGCUGAAAGAAAUGCAAGAUGAGAGUAAAGCUGCUCUAGAUGCUUUGAGUCGUUCAGAAGAAACUGCAGAAUUAUUGGCAGAAAAAGCAAAGGUAGCAGAAGAGGAAGCAAUGCUGCUAAAAAGAAAAGCCAAUCAUUCGGAACAAGAAAUGCAGAGGGUUAAAACAGAGUUUGCAAAGACCCAAGAAGCAAAUAUUCAACUCCAACAGAAACUUCAAAAUUAUGAUUUGAUGACACAUCAGUUGAGAGAGGAGUCUCGGUCAAAAUCCUCAGAAGCUGACAAUCUCCGUGACGAAUUGAGGAAAGCUAAGCAAGCGCAAGCUGAUGCCAAAGAGAAGUUGUCGCAAAUCGCAAAUUCAUCUCACACCAGUACCCAGGAAAGCAACGGGACAACGUACAUGUACACAGCAGGAGGGCCUUUGAUGACAUCGACGCCAGCACCAGGAACUCACACCCAUAACGGCUCAAACUCAAACAGCACUCAGAUUACCUCUCAGCAUCUAAGCCUUAUUCAAAGCGUCACUGUGGCUCCUCUAAAUACGACAGCUAACGGUUCACCCCCUGCGUAUUCUAGUGGAAACGGGGGUGGUGCGACCGCUCCUUUUACAACAGCGCCACCUAUUGAUAAUGGUGUUAAUGUCACGGCGACUCCAGCGAUUCAAGGUGGCCAAAACUACAUGCAGCAAUUGACGCAAGAAAUUGAAAAAGAAAGGGUUGAAUACCAGGCUAAAAGUCGCCACAUUGAGCAACAACUCGCUGCUUUGAAGUCAGAAAUAGAAGAUUUAAAAGUCGAUGAAAAAAUGACAACGUUCGAUCACCUCCAUACAGAGAGUUCUUUAAAAGGAGGGUCGAAGUAUUCAACUCUAAAUAAGUCGCAAGAAGCCACACCGCAGCAGAGAGUCCAACUCUAUGAUGGAUUGUAACAUAAAUUACAUACAAUCAUUUUUCUUCCAUUAUUUUUGCCUCAAAAAUGAAUACGAUAUGAGGCAUUAGGGUCUCUAGCAUUUCUAUAACUAGCAUUGUUUCUUGAAGUUUAAAGUCCCAAACCAGACCGGCAACAUUCUGUUUUGCGCAUAUAGUAAAUUUUUCCCACAUAGAGUAAAUUCUUUUUACAAUGGGAGUGGCCAAGGAAUGAAAAAAUAUUUGAAAUAUGUUGAGAAUAGAUGCCAUCCCAGAUUGUUCUAAUUGAGUUGUUUGAGUAUUUUAAUAUAACCAGUAGUCCAGUAUGGCUUCAGUAAAUAUAGUUCAUCGGUGGAUAUAGCAGAAGUGCAAAAUUUUUAAUUUCCGAUAUUUCAACCUUAUAUACCUUUGAGCGACGCAGUUUUGGCCUUGGUUGAAAUUUAGAUAAAUUAUGUGCUACCAACUCAGAUGAUAUGGUUGUUCUAGUUAGUUAUUUAAUUUGGAAAUAAUUUAUUCCAGGCAUAUAAUCUUCCAUAUAGAUUGACAAAUAAAAAGGCACUACAGACAAUAAAGAAAGACAAGUAAAUAAUCCCUUGACCCCAAGGGCGAAUAUGAAAUUGAAUCAAAUCUCCAAGCUAAUUAUCACUGACGAUUAGUUGAUGACAAGUUGAGCCCUUCUUUUUAGAUAACUUUGAUCACCUCGAGUGGUUGCUAUAUGAUUACUUGAGUUCAAGUCGUGUUAACUCAUGCUGACCCCUCCCCCCCCCCACCCCAGCAUAUAAACGACGGCCACACAUACAAGACAAACAGUCUUACGAAAUAAUCCUAAGAACAGUCUUCUCUAGUCAGAAACUAAAUUCCCUAUAAUAACUCAGAAGUAUUCAUUUUUGAGGCAUUAUUUUUCGCUUUUUCUCGCACAUUUUAUCUUUUUUGCAUUUUCAUUCAAAAUGCUGUGUAUUAUCUUUUCUCUUGUCAACAUGGUUUGAUUUUAAAAUAUUAUCUAUAAUGAUUAUUAUUUUACACUGUUAAUUAUCAAAUUUUAACGAGCUUCUCUAAUUAAGGUAUAAUAUGUUUAAAAAUUCAACUCAUGGUGCUAUCAGGGCUAUGUUUAUUCAAACAUAUUAAGUACUGAAGGUGCAGAGUUUGAAGAAAUUGUUUUUCAGGGCUGCCCAUACUGAGAGUCGUGACUCCGCUUUGGGUCGUAAAGAAUAAGCCAAUUUCACACGGAGUACCAUUUUAGACUUUUGAUUCGAAACACAAUUAUUAAAACUAGUGCGAAACAUAAA